UCUUUCCGGUGGUAGAGUCUGAAGAAGACGCUCAGAAAUGGCACCUCGCAAGGGGAAGGAAAAGAAGGAAGAACAGGUCAUCAGCCUUGGACCGCAGGUGGCUGAAGGAGAAAAUGUAUUUGGUGUCUGCCACAUCUUUGAAUCCUUCAGUGAUACCUUUGUCCACGUCACUGAUCUUUCUGGCAAGGAAACCAUCUGCCGUGUGACUGGUGGAAUGAAGGUGAAGGCUGACAGAGAUGAAUCUUCCCCAUAUGGUGCCAUGUUAGCUGCCCAGGAUGUGGCCCAGCGCUGCAAGAUGCUGGGGAUCACUGCCCUACACAUAAAACUCAGGGCCACAGCAGGAAACAGGACUAAGACCCCUGGACCUGGUGCCCAGUCAGCCUUCAGAGCUCUUGCACCUUCGGGGAUGAAGAUCAGGCGGAUUGAGGAUGUCACUCCCAUCCCCUCUGACAGCACCCGCAGGAAGGGGGUUCGCUGUGGUCGCCACCUGUGAAUAGGACUUCUCAAA